AGAAAAUAUACAGAUUAAGACGCUAUAGCUUGUUGAUUUUUCAUCAGGAAGGUAUUUAAACUGAAGUGAUGUUCACUUUGAAAAAGAUCACGCGGAGUAUAGGAUUACUUCUUAUAUUGUUAUUAUAAACUGUAUGUGCUAAAUGAGCUAAACGCAACUUGACAUUGUUAAAUCUUUCAGUCAGAAUCAGAUGUUGAAUAUUUGAGAAAGAUUACUGUUUUUUUUUUAUUUUUUUUUAUUUUUUAUUUUUUUACUCUCAAUUCUAAUUGCACGUUUUUUAUUGUUGCUGUGUAUUCUUUCAAAUCAGGAAACAUUGCACAAAAUACAUUGAUCAGCUUCCUGAUAUCAAACUGAUGCGCAUAGAGGAGGAGGGGUAAAACAGAGUGUGUGACGGUGAGAGAGAGAGAGAGAGAGAGAGAGAGAGAGAGAGAGAGAGAGAGAGAGAGAGAGAGAUUAGUUUAGACCAGGUGAUUGAGCCACAACAAACCUCUAAGGGGCUGGUUGUAAAGAUCAGUUUGCACAGGAUUUUUGUUCCGAUCAUGGUGCCAGCAGCCUGUCCCGGACCUUUUGCCAUGCUGGCUCUCGCCUUUCUCCUGGGAUGUGGCAUAGGAUUCUGUCUGGGUCAGAACGACACGGAGCCCAUCGUUCUGGAGGGGAAGUGUCUUGUGGUGUGUGACUCCAACCCCUCUUCUGACGGCGGAGUCACCUCUUCGCUAGGGAUAUCUGUCCGCUCCGGCAGCGCCAAAGUGGCUUUCUCGGCCGUCAGAGGGACAAACCACGAACCUUCAGAGAUGAGCAAUACAUCCAUGACCAUCUAUUUUGACCAGGUCUUGGUAAACAUUGGCAAUCAUUUCGACCUAAAAGCGAGUGUGUUCACUGCACCACGAAGAGGAAUAUACAGUUUCAGCUUUCAUGUGGUCAAGGUCUACAACAGACAAACCAUACAGGUUAACCUGAUUCAGAAUGAAUACCCGGUCAUAUCUGCUUUUGCUGGAGAUCAGGAUGUCACGCGGGAGGCAGCGAGUAACGGAGUGCUACUGAUGGUGGAGCGCGAGGAUCGAGUCUAUCUCAAGUUAGAGAGAGGGAAUCUAAUGGGCGGAUGGAAAUACUCCACGUUCUCUGGAUUUUUAGUCUUUCCUCUAUAACUGACUCGCAAACGCGUUUACGCAAGUGACAUUUAAAAAAAAAAGAAGAAAAAAAAAAAAAAAAAAAAACAA